AUCAAGCGUGGUUUCAUUCAUUUGUAUGCUGUGUGAUGUAGGGGAUGCACUUUGUUACGUUAAACAUCCUUGACCUUUGCAAGAAUCCGGAACACGGUUUCAAUUACAACGAGAUUUGCUUUUGGUUUCUUGAUAUUUAUCUGAUGUGCUGAUCUCUGUAUUUGUUUGAUAAAUGCUGUAGACAUCUGAAUUACACUUUUCGGCAUUGCAAAAUUUCCGUUUCCCAGUGCCAAAACCUUAGCGCAGUUCCUUGCACGCGAGAUAUAUCUAACUGGCGGCAAAGUUGUGUACAAAAGUGACCUGCCAGAAAUUUCACUAUAUAGACAAUGCCAUAGGCUACGUGUUAACUUUAACUGCUGGUCAUAAGAGACCAAGAAAAAUAAUAACAGAACAAUUUCUCUGCUUGUAAUGCAAGAAGCAUCACUGGUAUGUGUCUAAGCUAGCUGACAACUAUUCUUAAAAGAAAGGUUUCAGCAAUGUGUUGAAAGGAAGAAUCGUACUUUUUGUGAUUUAGCAAAAGAUUUUGUUUGGAUGCUAUAUUGGAAACGAUUGUGACGUUUUUGCUUUUAAAAGACCCUGGAGGUUUGUGUUUGGUUGCAAGGGCAUUGAAUUGGCAAACGUUACCAGCAAGGAACUUCAAAACAAAGACGAAGGGAAGGUGCUGCUUAGAAAGAGGUUUAACAUAUUAGAGUUUUAGAGUAUCGACGACGAAGAUGGAAUCCAAUUUCAAGGCUGCAAUUCUGACGAUUAUAUUCUGUUUUUGUUUGCUUCUACAAAGAUGUUACAGUGCCUGUAGCAGUGCAUUGGGGAUGGAAGAUGGUCGCAUCAAAGACGGCCAAAUAACGGCACUCAACUGGUUGUAUUUUGAUCAAGAUUUCAACUUGUACUACAGGCCAUCAUUUGCAAGACUCAAUAACAAAAAACUUGGUGGUGGAGGUUGGUGUUCAGCAAGUAUUGCAAUUCAUCGAGGAGCAUACAUUGAAAUAGAUUUGCUGAAAGACACAAAAAUUACUGCCGUCGCUAGCCAAGGACGUGGGAUUGGGAAUGAAUUCAUAGACGAGUUUGGUAUUACGUAUAGACGUGACAAUGAUACUUCGUAUAGAGAUUACAAGGAGAGAGGAAGAUGGCAUAUUUUCACUGCAAACAGUGACACGGGAAGCAUCGUCAAAAAUCAGUUGACCAAUCCGAUCAUUGCAAGGAGAGUGCGCAUUGUCCCACAGGGAGACACAUUCUCUAUAUAUUGCGGAAGAUUUGAAAUAUAUGGAUGCGAAUGGAAAAAACAGCAGGAUCGUCUGGUGAGUUAUUUACUGCCACUAGCCAACAAAUUUGGAGAGUUUCAAACUACGGAUCACGUUUAUGAUGGUGAGACUGAUACACAACUUGAGUUCAAAGCUGGAGGCCUUGGUAAGCUCGUCGAUGAUGAGUAUGGAGAUGCGACGAUCGGAAAUAAAUGGGUGGCCUUUAAGAAGCGUCAGAAAUUCAUGCCUUUCUUUCAGUUUGAUUUUGGCAUAAAGAGGCGAUUCAAUGCAAUCAAAUUUCAUAUGAUCAAUAAAGGGUCGAAUAUCCAGGUAUUCUCUCAAGUCAAAAUCCAGUUUAGUGAAGAUGGACGUAUCUUUGGAAAGGAGCAAAUCUAUUUGACAACAGCUGCCGAGAGACAUAGCUCUUCUGCCUUCGUAAUCACAGUGUCGAUUCCUGAAAUCGUUGCCAAGGUUGUGAAGUGUAUCUUUACCCAGUCUGCAGAAUGGAUGAUGUUUAGUGAAAUCGAAUUUUCAGCAGUUUCUCCUGAUGCACCUCUUCCAACGAGACCUGCCCCUCUAACUAAAAAGGCAACGACCUUGGCAACAACAGAAGCCGUUGUCAUUGAAACUGUUCCACCAGCCACUACAGCAAAACCGACGCCACGACUUCUUUUUAGCCUACCUGACGAAAUAACUGAUGUUGGGAUUAUAGAUGGACACUUUACGACUACGAAAACGCCAAGAGUUGUAGAGGUUUUGCCAAGCAAAAAAGAGGUGGAAAGUGGACCAGUAUCACCAACAACCGAUUCUAAACCUUCAACGGGAUCUUUAAGCUUUCCAAUAAUUAUAGCAAUCGUACUUGGAGCCGUAGUUGUCAGUGCUAUAACUGCAGUUCUGAUUGUCCGGCAAAUUAGAAAAAUGGGCAAAGAUGGCGAUCGACCUGUGAGCCAACAGGAGAAAAUGCUGCGGCCACCAGUGCAGUCUCCCGAAUUUCACGAACUGCUUAUAAGUGACAGACACAUCCCACCGGCUGUUUUGCUUAAAGGCAAGAUGAUGAAUGAACCUUCCGCAAAGCUUAUUAUGGACAGUGGCUAUACGAGUCAUGGCAGUGCUGGAGGUAGUGUCAAAGAAAUGCCUGUUAGGGGCAAUGCAGGUAGCCCCGUUUAGAUGGAUCUUCAACAGAUGAAAAUAUUUGAAAAGAUCGUAUUUUAUAAUAAAGAGCUUUUAUUGAAAUUGCGAUUAAAAUCUGGCAGGUUAAUUAAAAGAUCUGGGAUCCUGAUGGGUGGAGAUUCAAAGAAGUGAUUCACAGACAGAGGCUGAAAAGAUGACAUAUAAAAGAUUAUGCAAAGCAUACGUUUUGAUUGAAUACGUCUUUGCAGGCAUUGCCAGUAUCUAAGAAAAUGUUGAAACUGAUGCUUGAUACAUUACCAUUUUUAUGGCAACAGUGAAGCGGCACAACAUGGUAAUGCCUUGUAAGGAUCCAUAGGUGCCUUGUAAGGAUGUCCUCUCUUAACUGAACAGAAAGCGACUAGAAAACGCCUGUAAAAGUGGGCAGGCUGUUCAUAACAAACAAUGUUUUAUCUUUUCAAAUCACGUCCAAGCUCCGAUAGUUACAGAAAACUGAUGUUACUCUUAGUUGCAGUGCACGAGAAAGUCUUAGGAACUUUACAAGGAGCGUUAUUUUUGAGAGAGAAAGCAUCAUGUACUGCUUCUUAAUGGGAAACAAGAUCUAUAAUUCUGGAAGAUACCUGGGGGCUUUUUGUACAGCGAUGAUUGUAAAAUGGUCGUCUUUACUUUUGAAAAGUUGUAGAUGCCCGAGUUGAUUAAGUUUAUUGCAGAAAAUGUAGAUAUUAAGCCGAACAAUUUUUGGCUUUUUUGUAGAUUUAUAUUUGCACUAGAUUUGUAAAGGCGGGGUUAAAGUAUGUAACGGGUCUGCAUUUUGAUCGACAAGGAAUGACACCAAAUUUAUAGUUAACGACGUGAUCGAUACACGGCAGCGGCGUCGGCGAAAGAGGUUAUAAUCGCGUGUGGUUAGUCCUAGUAUCGCUUGUGUUUCAAAGGCAAGGCAAAGGUCCAAUUCUUGGUUACGUAGGCAAAUCCAAACAUAGAAACAAACACCAUGAAAGUUUUCACCAAAAUAUUACUCGUCUCCAAACAUAUCCUGCGUCUCCAAAAUAUUACACGUCUCUAAUAUCAGCGCCAGUGUCGAUACAAUCAUUUUAAUCACUUCUUAACACUCUUACACGGUAAGUUCCUAGUAAUGCCAUUUUGACGCAUUUAUUCUAAAAUAUUAAGGAUAUUUAAGUCAACUUAAGUUAGUCAUGUGACAUUUCAUUACCCAUCUUCCAUUUUUGUUGCAAAAUACAAAAUACUACGAAGCAAAGAUUGCUUUGUAUCGUGCUGAAUUAUCCAAGAACUCUAAUAAAAAUAUUUUAUUCUGUUAUCGGACCGCCUGUCGGCUUUCCCUAUCAAGUGAGCAUCUUCUCGUCUCGAAACAACGCAUAAAAGAUGUGAUUCUAUGUUUCUGUAAAGGAGAUGAUCAUAGGAAAUCAACAAUUUUGCUCACAAGUUCACUUUUUUCUGGUGCUUUAAAAUACUUAGCACUAAUUUACGCCUUCUACGAUGGUAUAAGAUAUCAUGAAUCGGCAUAUAAAUCGGCAUUUUUCACGACCAACCAAAGAUAUAAAUAUGUAAUAAUGCUUUUCGACAGGUACUCACAACCAUUUUUGAAAACCAUUUGCUGUUGCUUGUGUAUUGCUGCCAAACGUUUCUAUUUUCCAAGCAGACCAAUAUUGUAACUAUUACACGAGUUCUGAUUUUUGCGUAAAAAUUUCGUGAAUGAUAGACAGAAAAUCAUUUUUUGUGAAUAUGAUUGUUACAUCUAUUUAAUGUUGUAUCGCUAGAUUAUAGCAUUCUAUA